UUGUCCAUUCGACCUUUUGUCCAUUCGACCUUUUGUCCAUUCGACCUUUUGUCCAUUCGACCUUUUGUCCAUUCGACCUUUUGUCCAUUCGACCUUUUGUCCAUUCGACCUUUUGUCCAUUCGACCUUUUGUCCAUUCGACCUGUUGGCAACCCGGCCUUGCAUUUUACAGCAGGGAUCGCGAUCGUCAGUGACAAACGACGGCAACGUCAUCGGUGACAAUACGAUCCAAAAGGAACACAAAAACGAAUAGCAAAUGUGCACAAGUUCACACGUUUACAAUAUUAUUUCCUUAAUCCUACUUAAUUUCUAAUUGAAUUAAAACUAUUAUACGAAGAAAUCUACUAUUAAAACACAAAAAUACAACUGUUACACUACGACGGAGAAACACAUGUGAAAGACUUAUGUUCUUAAAGCAUACUCAACUACCCAAACCCCGAGUUUGCUAAAGAAGCGUCCGAAACCGUCUCCGCUCCCGUAACAGAACUUUAAGAACAUAAACGUUCUAACCUCACACCAAUCUAUCGUCCGGAGCAUAGAGAUCUGCGGUACAAUGACGACGGUUCCGCCUGGAUUUGUGACCAAUGUUGGUGAGGUGUCGGUCAACCGAAAUUGUCGCGCAUGUAACCAACCCGAUGAAGCGGAUAGCCGAAUGGUCCAGUGCGACGGUUGUAGCCACUGGUACCACUUCAAAUGCGCUGGUGUUGGAGACAGUAUUGCAGACGAAAGCAGAACCUACAUCUGUGCGUUCUGUUCGGCAUCACCCGCUGCGUCAGUGUCACAAUCCACAACAGCUAGUGCACGAGAGGCCAAGUUGAGGCUCGACAUGCAACGUUUAGCUGAGGAAAAGGAGCUACGCGCGAGACUUCUGGCAGAAAAGGAGAAGCAGGAAAAGGAUAUGCAGGAAAUGGCGAUGAGGCUGGAGAAGGAGAGGAGAGAUAAAGCAAUCGCCGAUUUGAUGAUUCUGGAGAAGGAGUUCAUUGAUAAAAAAUAUGAACUGCUUCAAGCUCGGCUGGAGGAAGACGACGAAGGAAGAAGUACCAGGAGCCGUCGCAGCGCUCGUCAAGACGCAGAUAGGAUACGAGAGUGGAUGAAUACGCAACGAGCAGAUACCGUGAGCGCCAAUCCUGGGGAAGUGGUCCCCACUGGGCUCAUGUCCGUAGCAACCAACGUGGCCCAUCCCUCAUCAGUACCUACGUUCGGCGAGAGCAGCGGACAGCGACCAAUAGCAACUGCUGGCGAAAUUUCUUGUGCUACUACCUUCGCCCCGACGUUCAAGGACCUAAUAUCGCCUGUGACGCUGGCCCAUUCCGUUUUGCCGGUGGAAACCAUAACAUCGUCGCCAAGCAAUGUCCAACCUACACCAUUGCAGCAAUCCACGCCACGGUCUGCAGCAGUCAACGUGAUGGAGCCGGUCUCGGUAUUGCCGAGAAGCACGUACAUCAACGCUCAACAUGGUUUGUCUUUCCCAAACACGUCUACAGCUGCGGUAAGUAACCGACCGACAGUGCAGGCUGGCCUAGCGGGUAAUUUAGUCCAUCCACCAAGUAGCGAAGUUAUUCCAAGGUUCAUUCCCGGUCCAAAUUACAAUCAACCCGUGGGUUCGGUACCUCAAUCAAGUGUAGGUAACCUACCGGUCAUUUCGUCUAUCAGUUCAGCCCUUGAGAGUAGAGUUCCUGCUUCCCUAUCAUUGAAUCCUCCCUGGGGCGAUUAUGCCCCGGUAUAUCCAUCGGUACUGCCAGGUGAUCUUGCCCGCUCCUCUGUUUUCGCGGGAGGAGGCGCAGCAAUUCCUCAUUCGGCGCCAAGUGUUCCAAUUAUGUCGCAGAACAGUAUUCCUCCUUCUUUUUCGAUGCCCAUUGACAGUCGGGGCAUUUACAAUUUGUCCUCGCAGCAUUAUCCGGGGAUAAGUGUGUCCAGUUACCAAGCUCCAAUCUUCUCGAUGCCGCGGCAGUCAAACCUUCCGAUUCAACAGCUGCAAGGUCCAAACUCCCAACAGCUAGCCGCUCGCCAUGUGGUACCCAAGGAAUUACCAUCAUUCUCUGGGAAUCCAGCAGAGUGGCCACUCUUCUGGAGCAGUUUCGAGACGUCCACUCAGAUGUGUGGAUAUACAGACGCAGAAAACUUGAUGCGGUUGCAGCGAAGCUUGAAGGGGGACGCUAGGAAAGCUGUUAGCUGUUUUCUGCUGCAUCCAACGAAUGUACCAGAGGUCAUGAAUACAUUGCACUCGCUGUAUGGUCGUCCAGAGGCUAUCAUCCAUACGCUGCUGAAUGAAGUACGUGCCACCCCCGCUCCCCGACACGAUAAGCUGGACACCCUGAUCAAUUUCGGACUUGCAGUGAGAAAUCUCUGUGUGCAUCUUGUUAGCACAAGACAAGAAAUGCACUUAGUGAAUCCCAUCCUGCUACAAGAGCUUGUGGAGAAGCUGCCAGCGAAUAUCAAGCUUGAUUGGGCUCUCUACAGACAACGUGAGCUGGUGGCCGACCUCCGAGCCUUCGCGGACUACAUGAACGUGUUAGUGACAGCGGCAAGUAGCGUUACAACGAUCACUGAGCAGAGCGGCCAGAAACCAGACGUCCAAAAGGGAAAGGCGAAGGCCUUCGUGAAUCCUCACUCGACGGAGAGUACUAGGGCGGAAUGGCGGACCAAGGAAGGAACAAAGACGGAAGAAAGUUCAUCGGAAUUCAAACCGGAUCGGCCGUGUGUAGUCUGCAAAAUCAAUGGCCACAAACCAAAAGACUGCGAUGCGUUUAAGCAUAAAAGUCUGGCCGAUCGUUGGAAGAUCGCCAACGAAGUCCAUCUCUGCAAAAGAUGCCUGUAUCCUCAUGGACGCUGGCCCUGUAAGGCUCCAGCGUGCGGCGUAAACGGCUGUCAGCAACGUCACCACCGCCUUCUCCAUCCGGGAGAACCACAGCCGAAUAGGACGAGUGCUACCGUCACCACUACAACGGGAACAGUAUCAGUUCAUCGACAUUUGCAGAGCAAGAUACUUUUCCGUAUAGUUCCGGUCAUACUACACGCGAACGGGAAAUCGAUACGAACAUUUGCGUUCCUUGAUAGCGGUUCCGAUGCCACUCUGGUAGACAACUCUAUAGUGAAGCGACUGGGGAUUGUAGGUCAACCGACCCCGCUGUGUAUGCAGUGGACAAACGGAGUGAAGCGUACGGAAGAAGAAUCGCAAAGUGUUCAACUUUACAUCUCGGGAAUUGAUUCUACGAAACGUUUCGUCCUGAAUGGUGUGCACACGGUCAAAAAGCUGGAUUUGCCUCAACAGUCGUUGCGAUUCGAGAACUUCGAAAGGGAUUUUCCACACCUUCGCGGGCUUCCGGUAAAGAGCUACGAUAAUGCGCUUCCCGGAAUUCUGAUUGGUCUGGACAACACUAAGAUCGAAACGCCUCUAAAGUUGAGAGAAGGUAAGCCGGAUGAGCCGGUAGCAGCGAAAACUCGGAUUGGUUGGGUCGUGUUUGGAAGAAGUGGAGGUUCUACUGAAAAUCCCUUCCGCCAUGUGCUUCAUCUGUGCAGCCGUUCAGGUGAUGAUACGCUCCACGAUUUAGUGAAAGAUUUCUUCCGUGUCGAAGGCACGGGAAUAACAUCACCAGCCGCAUUGGAUUCUGCCGAUGAUGUACGCGCUCGAGAAAUCCUUAGAGCAACUACGGUUCGAACUCCCAAUGGACGUUUCCAAACAGGGCUUUUGUGGAAAUACGACCGAGUGGAAUUCCCAAACAGUAGGCCCAUGGCGGAACGUCGUCUGCUUUGCCUGGAGAAGAGACUGCAAAAAUCACCAGAGCUGUACUCCAACGUCAAACAGCAGAUUAUUUCAUACCAAGAGAAAGGCUAUGCUCAUAUAGCAACGGACAAGGAGCGGCAGCACUUUUUUUGUACCAGUAAAACCACAAAAACGAUCCUUAAACAAAUACGAAACGAUUCAUAACAUAUAUUUGCA